CCAUGAUUUUAUUCGAUAUAAAUUACUCGGUAACCCGACAGAUAUAGAAGAUAUAGAAAAAUAUCCAGAGUUAGAAAUACAGUUCAAAAAGAUUAUACAACGAGUUCAUGAUAAAAGUGAAAAAAGUGUUAUACAUAAAAAAAGUUCUAUACAGUGUGAAGAUGUGGUAAAGGAUUUUGAGAAGGCUGAUGAGGAUGAUAUGAUGUUUUUAGACAUUGAAAUACCGAGUGACGAAGUUAUGAUAUACAAUGAAAUCACAGUUGAUGACCCAGUGAUCGAAAAUGAAAUACCGAGUGACGAAGUUAUGAUAUACAAUGAAAUCACAGUUGAUGACCCAGUGAUCGAAAAUGAAAUACCGAGUGACGAGGUUAUGAUAUACAAUGAAAUCACAGUUGAUGACCCGGUGGUCGAAAAUGAAAUACCGACUGGCGAAGUUAUGAUAUACAAUGAAAUCACAGUUGACGAGACUGUACAGGCAAAUAAUAAUGAAACACCUGUAGAUGGCCCAGGGGCCGAAAAUGAAAUACCCGUAGAUGUUGAAAAAAAUGACAUGGCUAACACAGACCGAAAAUAUGAAACAGCGGCGGAACUGUUUGCCAAUGCAGAGUUGGAGAUAAAAGAAAAUGAACCAGUUGAUGAGGAGUUGGAUAAGUUUUUAGGAGAUCUAGUACAAAAUGCUCUUGAAGCAAAUGGUCUUGGAGAAAAAAUAUAUUCAGAAAUUAAAAAACUAGCAAUUACGUCGGUGAAAAUAUUACCACCAACUAAACGAAUUACAAUGAAUUCUAAAAAAAUAACAGCCGUAGAUGAUGAUGAAGAACGCAGUAAAGAUGGCAAUACUGAAAAAGAGGAUCCAGUAUUACCUAUUCGAUCCGGGAAACACGGCAAAAAAAUAAUAGCCGUAGAUGAUGAUGAAGAUGACGUGGUUAUAUUAAGCCAAUCGUCAACGUCUUCGUCAUCAUCAUCGUCAUCGGGGUCAUCGUCAUCGUCAUCGUCAUCGUCAUCGUCAUCGUCAUCGGGACCACCCCCGAUUAUGAACGAAAAUAAUGUUGCUGAGGAGUAUGAUAAAAAAAAUAAAUAUCGGGCUGAAGCAGGGUCUUCAAAGCCCCGUGUCGAAAAACCUAAAAAUGAUUCUGUAGAUAUUACAGAUUUCUGCGUUGACUGCGAGGGUUAUCAAUGCCCAAAUAAAGCAGCAACGCCAUAUCGUCAAUUUUGUAAAGGCUGUCAUGAAAAAUGGCAGAUGGGUGAACAACCACAUAUCCCACAACCAUCACCAAUACCCAAUCCAAUUUUUGAAAAACGACAACAACUUGUAGAUGAUAAAAUAAAAUGUUUACAAAACCAAAUCCAUGAGCUCGAAGAAUCACUAAACAAAACUAAAUGUGAUCUCUGCUGGGGAAAACCAAUUGUAAAUGAAUUUGGUCAUUGUGAAGGCUGUAUUAUUGUAUCGCAAAAAAAAAAAAAUUAA